AUGGCAAGAGUGGUGGAUGGUGAUGCUAGCAAGGAGCAAGACUCGAGCGCACCUCUGCGUGCGCAUCCGCACCUGCACCCGCAGCUGCCUCCCAGUCGACAAAGCCUCGUAAGUUGGGACCCAAGCAAGCUUCGAAGCGUUCUUCAGACUGUGCGCGCGCUCAUAUGGUCGGCCCGGUCGGGGCUUUUGCAGCCCGACGAGCUGCUCCGAUUGGCCAGAGCUCAUCCAGAUCAAGCCGCCCCUCUGGUCCGUACGUGGGAAGAUCUGCUCUUUGUAGGCAAAUGGAAACAUCUUCGACCGAUCGAUUUGAACGCUACUGCUGGUGCUGCUGCUGCUGGUGCAACGAGCACAUCCCACCACGCUCGCUCUCUCGCAGCGCUCGUGGGUCUCAGGGCGGAACAGAAUGUUCAGGAAGUCGUCUUGCCUUGCCACGUGCACCAUGAAUGGAGCGCCGAAGAGUGAGUGGACAAACGAGAAGCGUUUGCUUUGAUUUGCGCUACAGUUGGCCUUCUCGGGGGAGCGGGGGGGUUCCAAGUUCUCAAGUUCGCUGCAUGCCGGAGCAAAAGUCUUGAACUCGCGCUCGCGCUCGCGUGCCUUGCCACUUGCCCCAGCUUCAUCCACAUCUUUGCAUCCACUCCACAUCUCUCCGCAUCACCGUCGACAAGCGAUGCGCAAGCAAGCGCCGCGCAGUCACACCACGACGACGACGACGACGACGACGACGACGACGACGAGGAGUCGAAAAGGGAAGAUGAGGUGCCUCGGAUCGCCCAGGAAUAUUUCUUGCUUGCCGUACUGUCCAACGAUUCGACGGUGGUGUACUACAAACUCGCCAGAGGUCUCGUCAAGCCUGUCAAUUGA